CGACGAUAAUUCUCCCUGUGCACUCCUAGCUCUCAAAUUUAAACCUAAAGAGAGAGAAAGGGCAAAAAAAGAGUCGAGGGCAGAAGUUCCAGCAGCUCAAUCUUUUUGGCCAUCUGCCGAUUUCCCACCUCAGCCAACCGCGCCAGAGCUGCCGUCGACAAUUGAGGGACUUCAGACAUGCUGGCGUGAUCCAACAAAGCCUCGACCAACCCUCUUCCACUCUCUCUUCUUGCUCUUCCCUCUCAACCGUCCCUCUCCAAUUUACGCAUACGCCGAAUCGCAGUCGGAUCGACGCUCUCUACCCCAGUAUGGGAGGACUACUGUUGCUGCUCUUGCUGAGCACGGUCAUGGCCUUGGCGUCCUUCUUCGCCGGCUCACUACCACUCGCGAUAACCCUCACACAGUCGCAACUUCGAUUGAUAUCGAGCGUGGGAGUUGGUAUAUUGGUCGGGACAUCUAUGAUUGUGAUCAUACCCGAAGGCAUCGAAGCUGUCACAACCACCGGCGGGCACUCGCACAGCAAGAGGAGCUUGGUGGAUGGGGCUGGAAAGCAAGGGAGGCCCGCUAUUCGAUGGGUGACAGACGCAGGAGAUGUGCCUCAGUUGGUAGAUACUACCAAAUCUGCGCGGACUGUUGAGGAAGAGUUUCAUGACAUUGGCCGUGAUGCGGAAUACACUGUAAAGCUGCACAGUCGGGAGGAGCAGGACGAACAUGGCCACGAGCAGCCCCCGGCAGCCGCCCCCGGCCCCGAACCUCAUCACGACGAGCCGAAGCACGAGAACGAGGUGCCGACCUUCUACAUCGGCCUGUCCAUGAUCCUCGGCUUCGUCCUCAUGUAUCUCAUCGACAGGCUGCCCCGCCACGCAGCAGGCGGCAGCGGAUCGGAGCCUCAGAUGCGUCACGUCAGCUUGGAUAACCUUGGCGGUUCAUCGAGCGUUGGCGACGAGGAAACGGAAGGCUUCCUCGGGUCUCUUGCGCCUCCACCAAAGCAAUCUCGAAGUCUAGCAACUACCAUCGGUCUGGUGAUCCAUGCCGCAGCGGACGGCAUUGCAAUGGGCGCGUCCACGUCCACGUCAAACACCAAGUUGGGACUUAUAAUAUUCGUCGCCAUUAUGGUCCACAAGGCGCCAGCAGCAUUUGGUCUGACGUCGGUGCUUCUGAAGCAGGGUUUGUCCAAACGAACGGCGCGAGGACAUCUCAUCGUCUUCAGCCUCGCCGCCCCUUUCGGAGCUCUUAGUACCUGGGCCAUCAUCCGAAUCUUGGGCGGUGGAAAUUUUGAGGGAGAGUCUGGUCAGUGGUGGACGGGUAUGCUUCUGCUCUUCUCAGCAGGAACGUUUCUGUUUGUUGCGAUGCAUGCCAUGCAGGAAGACGGCAGUUCUCCUAAGCACGAACACGGCGGCAUGAACGGCUAUUCUGACGGGAAUGGCACACAAAGAGGCCAGCAGCGGCCGCAGAUGCGUGAUACUUUUGCGACAGUUGCUGGCAUGCUCCUGCCGCUUCUUACCCAGUUUGGACAUCACCACUGAACGAUUGCCUCUGCGAUUGACAAAGAUUCCUUGUAUCUCGAAAAAGGAAGAAAAAAGGCGUAAUGUCGGGACCUGUUGUACGAGUAAAUCGUGGCACCAAUAGGGCUAGGGCCUUCUGAUACAUGACGAUGAUGAUUGUGUAGAAUUCUAUAACUUUUGAGUUCGUCUCUGAAUCUGGAAGGAAAUAAGUCCAGAUGAUGUAUUUUAGGAACCUGUACAAUUAGAUCGGCCAGAAGCGCCUUCGAAUCCCCAUAGAACGCAUGGCA